AGGCCAGAACGUCACACCGGGGGUGGCACUGGUACCAGGUAACGUGGUAACGUGGCAGUCCUCUUCGUCGUUGUCCUUGCCACGUCACCACACACGGACACGUCGUGUCACGUGCUGCUGCCGACGCGUCACCCGGCACCUCAUUCGCUGACCUCUAAUUCCUCGGUCAUCCAUCAUAGACGAUUCCGGGUGGAAUCGAAGAAGGAUUCAGAGGUUAGCCUGACCGAUGGACACCGCGAAGACGUGCUGUCAUCGUGAUCGUUCGCUUGCCUCAAUCUCAGUAAUGGGUUACAGUGAAUAAUUUCCAAGUUCCGAUUGAUCGACAGUGUUUAACAUGUGCGACGAUCGUGUACACAGUUGUGCGCGGUUGAUCUUGGCGAAACGGUUCCCUUCGAAUCACCAGGGAGAAUGGGUAUCCUAGAUUCUUUGUAAGCCAGUGAUUCAUCGACUCGUCUAUCGGCGGAGGUUAUCCAAGCGUCCGAUUGAAUCUUAUCAGCUGGAACGAUGAAAGGGGUAGAUAGCCAGAUUGCAAGGCUGCUCGAUAAGACAGUGGCGAGGGAAGAAUAACAAGGGAACAAAGGGACUUCGAUCCGAGCCGAGUUCUUUCUCGAUUCCGUCAGUUUCCGGCUAGCUAGCGCACUCGAGCGUGAACACGUGCCCGCUCCACGUAAAUCCAGGCCAACCAGAAUAACCAUCGGGGACAAUCGAUUCCACCGGUUGAUAUUUUCUUUCGAGACCAACCUCGAUACGCCGGUGUCGGUGAAGUUUGACGAAUCGUUGGACAUCCACGAAGGGCUUCUUGGAAAAAGAAAAGAAACACCGGUGACAAAACGUGUGCUUUUCGUUGGAUGUGUAGAUGGGUGUUGUUGCCAUUUGUUCGCUUGACGCAGUGGUGACGGGAAGUAGCGGUGUUUGUCACGUUUCCGGAAGUGAAUGGAGCGCAGCGUUUCGGACGACAGAUUAUUGCGAAUACGAGGAACGGAUACAGUGAACUGAAGCGGACCGAUCGUUUCGUCACGUUGAUGGGUACUCUAUCUCGUGGAUCUAGCCGGUAGAUUGUGGACUUGUUGAAUUGAAGCGAGGAAACGAAGCGGCAAUCAAACGAAAGGGGUGAAUUGGAUGCCAGAUCCCUCGGGGUGAUUUGUUUCGCGAUUUCGACUUUCCCACGGGAUCGUGAAUCGGAUGCCGGAAAUAACUGAUGAUGGUUAAGAAUGAACAACCUUCCAGUUUGCAACGACGUACUUGGCGUGUACACGAGGAUCUCGUCGAGCAGAUAGUGAAAGGACAUUUAAUACCGGGGAAGUUGGAGGAACGGAGAUCCAGGGAUUAUUUCUGGUGACUGGCACAUCUAGGGAUGUCGGGAUGGACACUUGGAAAGCUUUAUGAAUCGCGCGACGCCGAUCGCUUUACGGAGCAGAGUUAUCGAUGCUGCAAGUACAAGCUUCGUGGAAACGGAACGUUUUGAGUGGAAUUUAACUUGCAGUGGAAAGAGGAGGUCGAAAAGCGGGCGAGGAAGAGAGGAAAAAGAAAAGCGAAGGAACUAGUCUCACCGCGGGCCAGAGAACCGGGAAGCAUCGUUUUGCAUAACGAAGUUACCAAGCGAUUCGUCGACGCUGCCUUGGAUUGCCUACGAAACAGCUCGAAAACCGUGGCUGCACUGAUUGAAAAUAUUUCUACAACGUAGCUUCCGGUGACGACGCUAAGCACUUGCUGUGGUGAGCUCGAGCCGUGGCCAAAGUCGCUUUCCACGGUUAUGGUGCUGGCGUCGCUGCGAGUGGCCGCCAGCAAAUGCUGUCAUGCUCUUGCCAUGCCAGCCGGCGGCCAAGAAGAGGCCGCUGGCCACGAGGUCCUUGAGAAAAUCAACCAGUUACCUGGUACUGAUCGUCGUCGUCCUCCUGCUGAUCGGCCGCGAGGAAUCCCGUGCCGCCACGCAAAUCCGCUACGCUUCGCGCAUCGUCGAGACCAAGAGCGGACAGAUACGAGGGAUCCUUCAGGAGUUGAACAGCAGACACCUAGAUCCCGUGGAAGUGUUUCGAGGUAUCCCGUACGCGGCACCUCCCGUAGGAGAUUUACGUUUUCGACCACCGAUCUCGCCGAUCCCCUGGGACGGUAUCAAGCUGGCGGAUUCGUUCGGAGCUGUUUGCCCGCAGCACUUUCCCGACAUUCGCAAUGACACAGUUGCUUUACUGCAAAUGCCCCUCGACAGGUACCAACAGCUGAAGCGUUUGUACAUGUUCCUGACCAAUCAGAGCGAGGACUGCCUGUUUCUGAACCUGUACAUACCCGGCAGUGUUAUGAGUCACGGAUAACGAGAAACGCAACGCUGACGCUAUAGAAAUAGUUCUACAAACUGGUGGGGAUGACUGCGACUCGAUUGAACAGGAUAAAAUGCAUGGUUUAUCAAGUUUUAUCAGCGCCUGUCUUGGGAACGGUUUCUGAAUCUUCUUUGAUUUAUAUGUACCAUUCGUACUAUCGUUUAUAAUAAUUCUGUUAUAUCAUAAAACCAUUUUAUUGUGAUCACAUUUGUAUAUAAAUUAUUGUUUGGUUUUGUUGGCGUCGUACUAACCUGUCAAAGUACACUAAAUACACUUUCUUCACACAA